CAUCCCGCCAGCUCCAGGAAAACAGAAGGAAGGAGCGUUACGCAGGACAAUGUGACAUCAGAGGCGCCACUUGGUUCAGAUGUUGUUCUGUAUGCCUGGGAAUAUGUGGGGGUGCGAAAACUAUGUUCAAGGGACUCCUGUGCAAAAACUGCUAUUUUUGGAAAUCAGUGUUUGCAGCUUUGGAAUCGUAUGUCGGAUGCGCCCUGUUUGUUCUUAUCAGGAGCUUUGCGCACAGCGGAGCAACGAUCUGUAACGACGCAGCAACGCGCGCCCAGCUUUUGUUGUUUUAGAAGGAGGGUAAACGUACCCAAAAUGGUCCUAAAGAACAGUUUAAAGCAAGGAUGGAUUUAAUGGAUUUAAAUGUGGUGCUGGAAAACGUUUCCAGGGAUGUCAACGCCACCGACGCACCGCUUUCACUACCGCACACAAAGACAGCCACGUCGCUCAUCAUACUUGUGGUUAUUGUUAUGAUUUCGGUGACUAUUGUGGGAAAUGUGUUAGUUAUUGUUGCGGUUCUGACCAGCAGGGCACUGCGUGCGCCACAGAACCUUUUCCUGGUCUCCCUGGCAUCUGCGGACAUCCUGGUUUCCACGCUGGUCAUCCCCUUCUCCCUAGUCAAUGAGGUGAUGGGUUAUUGGUACUUUGGAAGUACUUGGUGCGCCUUCUACCUGGCUCUGGAUGUGCUGUUCUGCACCUCAUCCAUCGUGCACCUGUGCGCCAUCAGCCUGGACCGCUACUGGUCGGUGACAAAGGCUGUGAGCUACAACCUGAAGAGAACCCCAAAGCGCAUCAAGUUUAUGAUCACUGUGGUGUGGGUGAUAUCUGCCAUCAUCUCCUUCCCCCCUCUCCUCAUGACCAAACACGAUGAGUGGGAGUGCGAGCUGAACGACGAGACCUGGUACAUCCUCUCCUCCUGCUUGGUGUCCUUCUUCGCUCCGGGUCUCAUCAUGAUCCUGGUUUACUGUAAGAUCUACAAAGUGGCCAAGCAGCGCUCCUCCACUGUGUUCGUGGCCAAGAACGGCCUGGAGAGAGAGCCUUCCCAGUCAGAGACCUGCUUUGCCAGAAAGGACCGGUUUGAGGUGGAGAGUCCCAGCAGCCAGAGCUCCGGCAGCCACCAGCAGAGGCAGGGGGAGCUGGAUGACAUCGACCUGGAGGAGAGCUGUUACUCUUCGGACACCAAGUCCCGCCACCACCGCUUCACGAAGCGCAGGAAGGUGGAGGGGUCGGACUGCUGCCCGCCGCAGAGCUGCCGUCUCUCCUGGGCUUCGGCCCGCGCGUCACAGCCAUACCCGGAGCAGAAGAACCCCGCUGAGAGAAAACAGCUGGCUGCUGCCAACAAGACUAAAGUGGCCCAGAUGCGGGAGAAACGUUUUACAUUCGUGCUGGCGGUGGUGAUGGGGGUGUUUGUGCUCUGCUGGUUCCCCUUUUUCUUCACUUAUAGCCUCCACGCGAUCUGCAGGAACAGCUGCACCAUCCCUGACGCACUUUUCAAACUUUUCUUCUGGAUUGGCUACUGCAACAGCUCGGUGAACCCCAUCAUUUACACCAUUUUUAAUAGAGACUUCAGGAAAGCUUUCAAGAAAAUUAUAUGUAGAACUUCAAAGCGAACAUAAAAUGUUAUUUUUUUAUGUUUAACUUACGUAUUCAUUGACAUGUGAUUUGGAAAUGUGUAGAGAGACAUCUUCAAGCUUUUCUCAGCCAAUAAUGGUUUUUCUUUGAGGUCCAACCUGCCAAAAAAAUAAAU